GCCAGUCAAACGGCUGUGAGGUGUCACUCCAUGACUCGAUUAGACACGUCCCAGCUGAGGCCAGCUGCAACGGUCCAGACUCUCGAAAUCCAUGGAAAGCGAACCAGACGACCGCAUUUCUCCGAAAGUCCCGUCACCAGCAGGUCAGGCUGUGACAGACCGGAUAUCCACAAAGUAACGGGGAACUGUUUCCACCUCACUUCCAAACAUCGGUCCCUGAAUUCACCGGAUCUGACGGCGCUUCCAAGGUUGAUUGCGGGGCGGGCCUGACCAGUGCCGGCUGACAUCUCACAUCGACUUUAACUUCCUUGCCAGGACCGUCACAGACAGCCUCUGAUGAAGUAAAGUUUACCUAUACUAGUGUGCACAUUCGUAAUUCUUAUCGAUACUAGAUACCCCAAAUGGCCGAAAUCGGCUCCCACAUUGAUGACGAUAUCUCCAAGUCCCCCUCCGCGGGAACAGGAGAAUUAGAAAAUCCAAUGUAAUCAGCCUGGCAACGCUUUAUAAGCUUCAAUAUUAUUGGUCAAAAGAAUUGUGGACCCUUAAACUGCCCCUCCAUCCACUGCCUCGACCUCCUGCCGCCCCCACGACAGGAUUAACAAUACAAAUCAGGCACGAUCCGCAAUCAUUUUUUGCUUCCCUAUUCCUGGGUUCUACUUUGUUGCAUUUCUCGGAGCAGCCUCUUUUCAUUCCAGAAACCAAGAAAACACCGGCGAGAUGCCUCCAGCCGCCGUCAUGAUCGACACAACUCCCGACUUUGAUUUCAGCCCCGCGCACGCUGCGGCGGCUGCCAGCGCAAAGCGCGAUUCUGGCGAGCGAACCCUCCUGCUUGCGCCUCCGUCGAUCGCAUCCCGCGAGGACCGCCUCACUUCCUUGUUCUCCGUCUACGAUCGGUCGGCCACCGAUUUGCAGAUGCUCGACCGUCUCGCUGCUGGAUUAGUCAGCCUCCCCGCCAAGACCUACGACCUGAUCCUCGUCCUGACCGACCCCGACGGAAGCCGCCGCAGCGAGGUGUCCCCUCUCUUGUCCAACAGGGAGAUCUGGGGCAAGGUUGUACCGGCACUCAAGGCUGGUGGUACCUUGAGGAGCGAGGACGGCAGCUUCGGACAGGGCAACUCGACAGAGGAGAAGGAGGCGAUUCUGGCGGGGUUGGUGUUGGGGGAUGAUGGAUAUACUAAGCCUGAUUAUGCCGAGCAGGAGGUUGUACCUCUGCGGUUUGGGGCGAAGAAGGUGAACGCUGAUGGGAGUGUCCCUCUCAGCUUUGGCAAGAAGGCUGCUGCUGCCCCAGCGCCGGCACCGGCACCAGCACCAGUAUCCAAGGGUCCUGCUGGGGUUGGUUUCAUCGAUUUCAGUGAUGACUUGGAUCUUGAUGCCGAGGACGACGACGAUGUCAUUGAUGAGGACACUCUUUUGACUGAGGCGGAUCUGAAGCGUCCCAUUCAGCAGCCUCCUGAAUGUGCGCCUCAGCCGGGCAAAAAGAGGAGAGCCUGCAAAGACUGCACGUGUGGUCUCGCCGAGAGAAUAGCCGCCGAAGAUAAGGCCCGUCGUGAGAAGGCCGAGAAGGGUCUGGCCACCUUGAAGCUCAAGUCUGAGGAUCUCAGCGAGCUUGACUUUACCGUCCAGGGCAAGACUGGCUCCUGCAAUAGCUGUUACCUCGGUGACGCUUUCAGAUGCGCAGACUGCCCCUAUAUUGGCCUCCCUGCCUUCAAGCCCGGCGAACAAGUCAAGAUUCUCAACAACACUGCUCAGAUUUGAACGAGUUGAAGAAGGCGAUAAUGACAAGAAUGAUACCCCAACCAACAACGAUAACAAAGCCUAUCCAACAGCGCAGUUCAAUAUCCCGGCUGUAAUACCAAGGGUUGGCGAGCGAAGACAUCGCUUCGGCCACAAGGCCAUCAAACUACUCUGGGACAUUUAUUAGGCGGGUUUAAUCCCAGGCUUGACUGGGCGUCUUAAAAGGAUGCAGCGGACGGGCAUUGUAAACUGUGGGACAGCAACAGCUGGAAUAUGGCAAGACCUUUGAAGGCACAUGUCUGAACUAAAGCACUUGAGCGGGAGAAUAAACUCCAGAUAGAAACACAAAGAUG